GCCCCGCGGCGCCCAGAACCACUGGGGCGGGACUCCCGGCCCCAACGCGGCGGCGCUGCCCCUCUGGCCGGCCGCGGUCCCGGAGAGCCCCGGCGCCGGCGGCCCUACCCAAGGGCCACCUCUGCUAUCCGGAAAAACCCUGUUGGAGGCCAUGCGUCUGUGAACAAAGGAGAAGGGACAGCGGUGAGCAUGUCAGCCCUGAACUGGAAGCCCUUCGUGUACGGAGGCCUGGCUUCCAUCACAGCGGAGUGCGGUACUUUUCCAAUUGAUUUAACCAAGACACGGCUCCAGAUUCAAGGCCAGAAGAAUGAUGCAAACUUUAAAGAAAUCAGGUAUCGAGGAAUGUUGCAUGCGUUAGUGAGGAUAGGCAGAGAGGAAGGCCUGAAAGCACUGUAUUCAGGGAUUGCUCCUGCGAUGCUGCGCCAGGCUUCCUAUGGUACCAUCAAGAUAGGCACCUACCAGAGCUUGAAGCGGUUAUUUGUCGAGCGCCCGGAAGAUGAAACCCUUCUGAUAAACGUGGUCUGUGGAAUUCUCUCUGGAGUCAUAUCCUCAACCAUUGCUAAUCCAACUGAUGUUUUGAAAAUUCGGAUGCAAGCACAAAACAGCACCCUUCAAGGAGGAAUGAUAGGCAACUUCAUUCACAUUUACCAGCAAGAGGGAACAAGAGGACUUUGGAAGGGCGUGUCCCUUACUGCUCAGAGGGCCGCUAUUGUUGUUGGUGUGGAGCUGCCGGUCUACGACCUCACCAAGAAACAUCUGAUUCUCUCGGGCUUGAUGGGAGACACUGUGUAUACCCAUUUCCUCUCAAGCUUCACCUGUGGGCUGGCAGGGGCCCUGGCCUCAAACCCUGUCGAUGUGGUGAGGACACGUAUGAUGAAUCAGAGAGUCCUUCAAGAUGGCAGAUGCCCUGGCUACACAGGUUCCCUGGAUUGCUUGUUACAGACAUGGAAGAAUGAAGGGUUUUUUGCUCUUUAUAAAGGGUUUUGGCCAAAUUGGUUGAGACUUGGUCCUUGGAAUAUUAUUUUCUUUGUGACAUAUGAGCAGUUGAAGAAAUUGGAUUUGUGACAAGUCAAGACUGCAUGAGACAUCCCGCUGAAAAUGCUCACGUCUGAAAUAGCGAAGCUUCCUGUCUUUCCCACUGCUUCUCACUGCUUGGCCCGCCACAGAUUCUGAGGUGUGAGCAACAGUUCUGAAGACUGGGUUAGCUCGGAUUGCUGUGUCCUGGCAUCAGACACUCUGCACCAAAUGUUUAAUGGCAUAGACUGUGACAUCCAAACACUAGUCCUUACCAUUCAAGUGCCCUUCGACAUCAAAGGUAACAUGAAAUGCAUGUUUCUUGCUAAAGAAAACUUGCAUGAAGAUCAGGAACUGUGGACUGAUUCCCUCAGGGGAGAAUAACUCCUGAUGCAUCUCAGCUCGUAGCUGAGACUCCCAGACUGUUCGAAAGAAGCUCUUCGGAACCAUGGAAUGAAUAGAGCCUCCAAGAGGGUGUUAUUGUUCCUGAACUUAUGGGGGGGCUUUGGCUUCGUGUCUGCUGAAGAAAUUCACACAUGGAGACCUGGUAUACCCCAGGUAUAAACAGUGCAGGAUAUAGAUCCCUGGAAUAUUGCACUGCUUUCUAAUUUCCAAUUUUGGCAGGAUCUUUCACUUAUAAUAAGUGAUUUUUAAGCCUUUGACCACUCGACCUUUGUGAGGAAUUGUUACAAAGCAUUAAUAUCUAAACUCAUGAUGGUGUGGUAGGUUGGCUUGGAAGGUGGCAAAGUCUGUGCUGGUGGGAGGUGUUUUUAAGCUACUUGGGUUCUGUCUUAAGUAAUGUUUGUAAUUUGCUCUGUGAUUUUAGCAAAGUUUCUAUUUCCCAAUCUGUAAAAUGGGGAUAAUAACAUCUAUUGAUAUUGAGGGUCAGGUGAAGAAGAUAGUAGCUGCUACUACUUGACUUGUAGGAUUAGUGUGUUUAUAUCAUGCUGUCAUACAGCCAUCAUCCCAGAAUAAAUGGUCCGUGUGUAUGGAAGAGAGUCAUUUUAUGAUGGGCUUCUCCUGAGUGAGAUCCUUUGUUAAAAGCCUUGUGAAAGAAAGAGGUUAAGGUUUUAUUACCUUUUCUGUAGCAAAAUGUUGCAAGUGAAUCAAAGAGUUGAUUUUUCCAGAUUUCCCAGGUUUUACUUUAGUUCUGGUCACAUUUGUCAAAAUACUUCCUGUCUUGGACUUCCUAAUCAGUUUGGAAUGAAAAUACUUGCUUGAAAUUCGAAAGGUGAUUUUUUUUUGUGUGUGCCUAUUUAUCUGGAGUCUGAUAAGAGGUAUAUAAUGUCUUCUUUUCUUCUAAAGACAGGAUAUCAUUCUUCUUUUUCAUCUUCAUCUUAUUCUUUUCAAAAUAAAAAGUGAUUCUGAGAGCCCCACGACCUCUACCCUUCUAGAAGACAGCCCCAGGAAAGGGACGAUAUUGAAUAUUUACUUGGGUACCUUCGGUUCUACUCUUUGAGAGUAACAUUAAAUACAUGCUUGAUCACUGUGGCCUCCAGGACACACACCUCUGCAGUAUAUGCAGGUUCCCAGUGGGUCCAGCCCCUGGGCUGCUUCCUCCCUUGAAGCAGAAUGGAAGGCACGCAUGUUUUUCUUGGGGAUUGGGCAGUUUUGCUCCCAGUCACCUUGACCUUGCCUUCUUUGAAAAAGAUUUUGUGAAGCAGAAUUUUAGUUCCAAAAGUAAGAGCUAAGUCAAGAAAGGAGGAGGUCGGAAGGGCAGGUAGGUGUUGAUUGCUUCAAGGCUCAGAUGGAAGCCCGGUUCUCCCUGACCAGUUCUGGACUUGACUCUGGAGAGCUGAGCCCGUUCAGGCCUCGCGCCUCGUACUGAACCAUAUCUUCAGAGAGCAGAUUAUUUUUCUUCUUACUAAAACAUUCCAUUGAUAUGGUAAGGGCUUUCUAUAGAAAGCCUUUUUCACCUUUGAGUUCCUUGAGUUUAAAGGAUGACUUUUUAUGAGCCACUCUUUUUUUCUUGUUUUUAAUGUAGAAAACAUGUUAAGUGUACAUAUAAUUCCUAAAACAGUAGAAGCAAGUUCAUUUUGAAGACCAUGUAAAGAUUGAAUGUCAUGCAAUAUUCAUUGUAUCAAUUUAUUCAAAAAUGUACAUGUUCAUACCAGGAUGAAAGGAAAGCCAAACCUCACUGUAAAAGGUAAGUAUGUGUUUUUUUAAAAUAAAUUUAUUAAUUUUAUUUA